CCUUCGAGCCUCGAUCGGAGACAUUGUGGACUGAACACGCUCAUUCCGCCCGCGACAUCGCGUUCCCCGCUGCUACCGAUUGCCCUGAGGCAAACACUUCCCAGUUCGCACUCGAAUCUACAAUGGCCAACGAGGAAGCAGAGCGCGAGCCACGCGACGUCAAGAACCACGUGCUGUUUGAGAUCGCGACAGAAGUCGCGCAUCGAGUCGGCGGCAUCUACUCCGUCAUCAAAUCCAAGGCCCCGGUAACCACAGCAGAAUAUGGCGACCGCUACACCCUCAUUGGGCCUCUCAACCACCACUCCGCGGCCGUCGAGGUCGAGGCCAUGGAGCCCACGAACCCCGAACUUGCCGCAACAAUCCAGUCCAUGAAGGACCGCGGCAUCGGUAUGCUGUAUGGGCGGUGGCUGAUUGAAGGAGCUCCUAGAGUGCUCCUCUUCGACACCAAGACGGCGUACGGUUAUAUGAAUGAGUGGAAGGGUGACCUGUGGAAUGUUGCCUCCAUCCCGUCGCCCGAUAACGACGAUGAGACCAACGAGGCCGUCGUCUUUGGCUAUCUCGUUGCAUGGUUCCUCGGGGAGUACGUAUGCCACGAAAAGAAGAGGGCGGUCAUUGCGCACUUCCACGAAUGGCUGGCAGGCGUUGCGCUGCCCUUGACCAGGAAGCGGCAGAUCGACGUGACGACCAUUUUCACGACCCAUGCGACAUUGCUCGGUCGAUACUUGUGUGCCGGCUCCGUCGACUUCUACAACAACCUCCAGCACUUCGACGUGGAUGCUGAGGCGGGUAAGCGCGGUAUCUACCACCGGUACUGCAUCGAACGAGCUGCGGCGCAUUCCUGUGACGUGUUUACCACGGUCUCGCACAUCACAGCCUAUGAGAGUGAGCAUCUACUCAAGCGCAAGCCCGACGGUGUCCUGCCGAACGGCCUCAACGUGACCAAGUUCUCGGCGGUCCACGAGUUCCAGAACCUGCACCAGCAGUCCAAGGAGAAGAUCCACGACUUUGUCCGAGGCCAUUUCUAUGGCCACUACGACUUCGAUCCCGAGAACACGCUCUACUUCUUCACGGCGGGUCGGUACGAGUUCAGGAAUAAAGGCGUUGACAUGUUUAUCGAGUCGCUCGCCCGCUUGAACCAUCGGCUCAAGUCGUCUGGGAGCAAGAUGACGGUCGUCGCGUUCAUCAUCAUGCCCGCCCAGACCUCGUCGCUGACGGUCGAGGCACUGAAGGGGCAGGCCGUGAUCAAGUCUCUGAGAGAUACGGUGGACACGAUCGAGAGGAACAUCGGCCGACGCAUCUUUGAGCGCUCCCUCAAGUGGCACGAUGGCGAUCCGAUGCCGGAGGAGAAGGAGCUGAUUUCCAGCCAGGAUCGCAUCCUGCUCCGCAGGCGCCUGUUCGCCAUGAAGAGGCACGGGCUGCCCCCAAUCGUCACACACAACAUGGUCAACGACCACGACGACCCGAUCCUCAACCAGAUCCGCCGGGUGCAGCUCUUCAACCAUCCCAGCGACCGAGUCAAGAUUGUGUUCCACCCCGAGUUCUUGAACUCGGCAAACCCGGUGCUGCCGCUGGACUACGACGACUUCGUGCGAGGCACGCAUUUGGGCGUGUUCGCAUCGUACUACGAACCAUGGGGUUACACGCCCGCCGAGUGCACGGUGAUGGGUGUGCCCAGCAUCACCACCAACCUUUCCGGAUUCGGCUGCUACAUGGAGGAGCUGAUUGAGAACUCGAGCGAUUACGGCAUCUACAUCGUGGAUCGCCGUACCAAGGGUGUCGAUGACUCGGUCAAUCAGCUCACGUCGUACAUGUUCGACUUCACGCAGAAGAGCCGCCGGCAGCGCAUCAACCAGCGGAACCGGACUGAGCGGCUUAGCGACCUGCUCGACUGGAAGCGGAUGGGCUUGGAGUAUGUCAAGGCGCGGCAGCUCGCGCUGAGACGGGCGUAUCCCACGUCGUUCCUUGGUGAGGAGGAGGAGGAGGACUUCAUCCCGGGCGUGGAGCAAAAGAUCUCGCGGCCAUUCUCGGUGCCCGGCUCCCCAAGGGAUCGCACCGGAAUGAUGACCCCUGGGGAUUUUGCCAGCCUCCAGGAGGGUCGUGAGGGGCUGAGCACUGAAGACUACGUUGCGUGGAAACUUCCAGAGGAGGAGGACCCGGAUGAGUACCCGUUCCCGCUCACGUUGAGAACCAAGGCAUCCGGCCCUGGAAGCUCUCUGAACGGCAAGUGACCACGCGGAAUGGGACAGCCCUUUGUGUGUUUCGACGCUCUCUUCAUUCUCCACGAAGCCAGCCAAAACAUAGACCCACCACCAGCAUUCGUCCAUAGCGACAUGCAUACCUAGUAUGUACGAGCCGAAGUUAGGGGAUGUUGACCAUGUGGACUCGCGCAAGUUUGCUCCAAGACCUGCGAGGGUGUAUGG